UCUAAGUCUUACUUACUACUAAUCUAAGACAAUCUAAGUCUAAGAGUCUAAGUCUAACUUAGAUCAAUAAAUAAUCAAAUAGAUGAUGUAGUAAUACUAAUAGUAGUAAUAGCAGAUCAUUUAAAAAUUCUAGGUCUAUAAUAAUAAGGUCAUGGUCGCUUCCAAUGUGAGCUCCAGGAAAACUUCUAGUUUUGGCCGUAUGAGACGUACGUUUCCAUAUGAAAUUAUAGGCCUUCUUCAUUAGAGCUAACGUUUGCUAUUCUCUUUGAUGUUCGAACUAAAAAACACUGUAAAAUGGGAAAAAAUAAGAAGAAAGUUGCACAGAAUUUCUCCAAAGAGGAACUGCUGGUCCUGUCAGUGACUGAAAUAGUCAAUGAGCUUAUCAUUGCAGACAGGGAAAAGAAGGAUGUGGACCUAAAUAAAUUGAAGACAAGAAUAGCUAGUAAAUACAAUAUGGCUAGUCAGCCUAGACUUGUUGACAUCAUAGCUGCAGUGCCUCAAGAAUAUAAGAAGAUUUUACUUCCAAAAUUAAAAGCCAAGCCCAUACGAACUGCAAGUGGAAUUGCAGUGGUGGCAGUGAUGUGUAAGCCUCAUAGAUGUCCACAUAUUGCAAUGACUGGAAAUAUUUGUGUGUAUUGUCCAGGAGGCCCUGACUCUGACUUUGAGUAUUCAACACAGUCCUACACUGGAUAUGAGCCUACAUCAAUGAGAGCUAUAAGAGCCAGGUACAACCCCUAUCUACAGACAAGGCACAGAGUUGAACAGCUUCAACAACUAGGUCACAGUGUGGACAAAGUUGAAUUCAUUGUGAUGGGAGGUACAUUUAUGAGUUUGCCGGAUGAUUACAGAGAUUAUUUUAUCAGGAAUCUCCAUGAUGCUCUCAGUGGCCACACAAGUUCCAGUGUUCAGGAAGCUGUCAAAUACUCGGAGAAAAGUACCACAAAGUGUAUUGGAAUCACCAUAGAAACCAGACCAGAUUACUGCCUGAAGAAACAUUUAAGUGAUAUGCUGAAGUAUGGCUGUACAAGAUUAGAGAUUGGUGUUCAAAGUGUCUAUGAGGAUGUAGCUAGGGAUACAAACAGAGGUCACACAGUGAAAGCUGUUUGUGAGUCUUUUCAAAUGUCUAAAGAUGCAGGUUUUAAAGUAGUUUCUCACAUGAUGCCAGAUUUACCAAAUGUUGGAUGGGAAAGAGACAUUGAACAGUUUGUGGAAUUUUUUGAAAAUCCAGCCUUCCGUGCUGAUGGACUUAAAAUCUAUCCAACCCUUGUAAUCAGAGGCACAGGUCUCUAUGAACUUUGGAAGACAGGACGUUACAAGAGUUAUCCACCCUCACAACUCAUUGAUCUCAUCGCUAGAAUUUUAGCCCUUGUUCCUCCAUGGACUAGAGUUUACAGAGUUCAGAGAGAUAUCCCAAUGCCAUUAGUGUCCAGUGGUGUGGAACAUGGAAAUAUACGAGAGUUGGCAUUAGCAAGGAUGAAUGAUUUAGGAACACAGUGUCGAGAUGUCAGGACUAGAGAAGUUGGUAUCCAAGAGCUCCAUAACAAAGUUAAACCUGAUCAAGCCGAGCUAAUUCGACGGGACUAUGUUGCUAAUGGAGGCUGGGAAACUUUCCUUUCCUAUGAAGAUCCAGAGCAAGACAUCUUGAUUGGUCUGCUUCGCUUGCGUAAAUGUUCUCCAGAUACAUUUAGACCAGAACUUAAAGGUGGAUGUUCCAUUGUAAGGGAACUCCAUGUUUACGGCAGCGUUGUUCCUGUGCAUACCAGAGACCCCAGAAAAUUUCAGCAUCAGGGCUUUGGAAUGCUGUUAAUGGAAGAAGCGGAACGAAUAGCUCUAGAGGAACAUGGUUCAAGAAAAAUAGCUGUUAUUUCUGGAGUCGGCACUAGGAAUUACUACAGAAAAAUUGGAUAUGAACUUGAAGGACCUUACAUGACUAAAAUACUCAGAUAGAAGAAGGAAUAUAAAUUCUUUCAAAACUAGCCUUUGUGUUAUGUUGUUCAAUGCUUAGGGUUAGCGUUGGUUCAUAUGAGGAAGAUUUUAAUUCAAAACAAGAUGAAGAACAAGAAAUACGAUGCAGUUAUGUACAUUUAGUGUUAUACACUUUGACUGCUGAAAUGUUUGCAAAUAGAUCUUUUUUCCUAUCAGGAAUGCUCUUUCACUACAAAACCAAAGGAAGUUUAUAUUAAGAAAAAAAAUGCAAUCAUUUCCCCUCACUAUGUUCAGUCACAUUUUGAUGAAACGUUUUUGACCAAAACAAAAUGAAUAUUGGUAAAUCAAAGUUUAGCAGUGCACUUUUAAAACAAAAUGUCUACUAAACAAAAGUUUCCAUUGUCUUUGAAACCAACAGAAUUGGUAACUAAACUAUAUCUAGGUCAAUGUCAAGUGUUCAUUGCAUGAAUCCUAAACCCUUUUGUAAAUGUAGAUUUAGCAGUGACACUAGUGUUCAAAUACUGCCAUUAAAUAAUGGAGAGCAAAAGAAACAACAUUGUAUAACAAGCUAAGUAUAACACUUUGAACUGAUCUAAAAGUGAUCAAAAGUUUCAUUCAAAACAUUCAAACUAAAUGUUUAAUGACAGUAACAUUGUGAACCACAUUUGAUCCAGGUAUGAUUUGCAAUGUGUAAGUUACUCAAUUUGACGAACAUUAUUUAUAUAUAGAUAAAGAUCUAGAUUUAGAUAUGAUUUUAUUUGAAAGAAAUAAAAGAUUUUAAAUUGUCACAGCAUGUUUUAAACAAAUAACAUUUUUUUAUGCUGUGUAUGUUCUCACUACCAAUAAAAGAGACAGUCGUGUUAAAAAUUGAUCCACAAGUCAGUCAACAAAUGUGCAUUUUCUUUAACUAGCUUUCACUGUGAACCAAAUUGUUUUAGAUCUAAUUCUAUUUUCGACUUGUAUUUACAAUAGCAAUAUGUAAAGUCUAGCUAUAAGUUGGUGUUUUUUUUUAUUAAAAUUAAAAGUAAUCCAACUUUUAAGAAAUUUUCAGUAAAUCUUAUGUUCACCAUGUCCCUUGUUAAGGUUUUCCCAUAUUUUUUUUUCUUUAUUUCUGCUAAUUUGUUUACAUAUAGACCAAGGUCUACACAUUUUUCCUCUUCUUCUUCUUCAUUCUCAUUUGACAUGUUGGAGGGUUCAGAUCAGUAAUCCUAUAUCUGAGAUGAACUGCACAGUGGUUUCCAGAUCAGGCAGUUCUCUGUAUAGUUUUUGUUCUAUAGGAAGGUUUUGGGGUCAGAGUCUUGUUCAGACCUCUUGAUAUGGUAUGCAGCUUUGAAGGACAUAGUCAGCAUUCUCUGGUGAGGUUUCGCUCAUUCUCACUUUAAGCUUCCGGAGCAUAUGUUGUCUCAUUCUGUUGUGUCCGGUUCUGAGUAAAAAAGUUAUGAGUUGGUCAUGUCGAGAUAGCUUUAACAGGCAUCCUUUUUCUUGUAAUUGGGAUGUUAGCUAGUCCAAUUAUCAUUUCCUCUGAAAAAUCAAGUUUUCUUAAUGUAUGACACCAUUACUAAUAAUUUACAUGAGAAUGUAAUUUUAUGUUGUUGUUUCUUUAAUCUACCUGCCUUUUUUUGUGCAUUUAGUAGGAUUACUUCAAUGUAAAAUGGUGUAGACUUUGACACAAAAUUGUUCUUAUUACAGAAUUAUAACAAUCUACGAUUUAAAAAACAACAAACAAUUGAUUUUUGGUUAAAAGCAGGAAAAAAAUAUAUACUAAAACAUUCAUUUCUGCAAAGACAUUAGUUCAGAAACUUGUUUCUUCAAAAUACAAUACUUAAAAAAUAAAUAAUAUUUCUACAUUUAACUACAUUAUAGAAAACAAAUGACUCCAGAAUUUUUUUUAAUGAUUUUAAUAAUACAAAUGUAGCAAGAAACAAUGCAGCCAAUGAAAAUGUUCAUAACCUAUAUAAUAAUUGAUGUUUACAGAAUAUCUAUUGGAUCACUACAAAUGAAAUAAGCCUUUCAACUGAUAUAUUUGUAAAUUAUAAAAAUAAAGAAAAUAAUGAAAAUGAACAACAGUCAAAUAAAACCAGAUAUUGUCAGACCAACCAAUGUUUCAUCCCACCCCAGACCUUCCAUCAUUGUUUGUAGUUCAAACAAGUUCCAGUGUCGAGUAUAAAUAAGGGGUAUGAACAAAACAUAAUAUUUACAACUCUAAAAUCACCAAGUUAACAUAUCUCCCUCAGAAAAGAAGAAAAACAUUCCAAUGAUUCAUCCACAGAAAUGAGCCCAUGGUAAAAUCUAAUAUUAAUUCCUUUAUGUCCAUGCUGUGUACAUGGCUGCAAUGGUUUCAAACAUGUACCAGUACCAGACAUUGUAAAUCCAUGUUCAACCACAAGAGCUUUUACUUGGUACACAAAGCUCAUAGAUUUCUUUCCAUAAAGUAGCAGUCAAGAAAUCAUUAGAACACCUAACUAUGGCCAUCCUAUGUAACACGAUGACAUGGACAGUUUACAGUUGAUAAUUAACAAUAGCCUGGACAUGUUCAGGGGUUUUGAAUAUCUCCAUCAACUUUAGUAGUAGGGAGCACAAAGCCUUUUUUUUUAAAAAAGGAUGAUGUUGUCUAUCAAAAUUUUUUAUCUAAAUUCAUAGACUUUUUAAUUUCGUCCAUAGUCUAUUUCUUAUUUCAUCAAGUUUUCAUUUAAUGCAAUACAUCAAAUAUUUACACAAUGUAUAUACAUGAUCAAGUUUUCUUGUAUUUUUUAAAGCCAUAUUAUUUUAGCUUCAUUUAAAAAAUGGGUAUAAUUAACUGGAUGAUAUAUUCUAUUGAAUUGUCAGCCAUUGCAUUGUUUUCCCAGACAGUGGAAUGUACUCAAUAGACAUUUACACAAGAGCUUGGAGUCAAGUCAGUUAUAUAUUGUUAUAUAUUUUCAUUGCAGUUCAUAAUUUAAAAAAAAAAGGGAUUAUUUCACACACACAUCAGGUCUGAAAAGAAAACUUUGGCACACUUAACCUUUUAAUCUCACCCAAAAGUGUACACUAUCUACAUCAGUAAUCAUUGUUAGCUGAUCCUUGGAGUAUCUUAAUAGUUAUUUAAUUCUUGAUCUGUGAUGACUGUCAUCAAACAAUAGACUCUUUCUUAGACUUUUGUAUUUAUUGUUGCUGAUACUGAAUUCCAAAAGUAUACUUGACCACAAUAUUUAACUUCCAGUUCAAAUGAAGAUAUUACUAGAACAUUUGUAUGUCAUAAUGAUUUCAAAUGAGUCAUUAACAAGUGCAAAUAAAUAAAACAUGUGACUGAACAAUUCAACUAUUUUAAAUGUACAUGUUCUAUUCAUUGGUAUUUUACAAUAGUGGAAAAAUUAACAUAAUCCAUAUUAGACCAAGUGUCUUCACCACACACAGCUGUAUGUUCUCUAGACUGCAACCAUCCCCACCAGCUAAAAGAUAUCACAAUGUUUUGUUCAAACAUGAAAUAACAACAUUGAGUGUCUACUCAUCAAAUACUUCAGUGACAUCAAACAACUUCAAGACAUUCUAAGAUACCACAUAGACUCUUCAAUGACAAACAACUUCAAGACACUCUAAGAUACAUUUCUUUUGUGUACAAGAAUGUCUUAAAUGAUAAAAUGUGAACAAAUGAGUGUAUAGCUUAACGCAUGGUUGUUCUGAAACAUCAUUUACAAAGCUCAUCUGAAUCUGUAAUCAACAGUCUUAAUACAAGCUUGGUUUAAAUUGAUGAAGACACACUCCAACAAACAUACUAAAUGUCAGACAAAUAACAAAUACUGAAAUAGGAAUAUACUUAACAGUAAUUUUAAAUUGCUACAUAGGAAGCUUUAAACACCAUAGCAUCAAAAUCUUGGUACCAUAGAAUUAUAUUUUUAAACCUAAUCUUAAAAGCGUAAAUAAUAGAUAUUUUUUU